AUGACAACUAAGGUUGUGAAAUAUGUUGGCCGCACGACCGAUUUCAAAGGAAAAACAUUGUGGGAAAUAGUCGGAAGCUUAAAAAACUUCGGAGUAGGAAGACUAAUAGUCCGCCAGGUUUUUAAUAGGUACCCUGAACCGAGUUUUAUGAGAAUUGUCAAAGUAGAAACUUGUCCUGAUGAGGAGAGACGAAGAGUCCGUGUAUGGGUUGAAAAAACUUUUAGAGGAAGAAAAUUGCCAGAGAUUACAGAAAUUUAUCGAACAUCAUAUAAACCUGAUUAUCAAUUGAUAUCUAAAGACGAGGAGCAAGAAUUAUACAAGAAGCUUACUAAUGAACACAAUUACCCUGAUGUCAUCUUACCUAAUGCUAUUGAAAUGCCACCUCUAAUGAAAAAGUUUAUUGUUCGAGAUCAUGAAAAGAAAGGUUUACAGACCUUAAAAGAAUUUGUUAUGCCACUAAGCUACAAACAUAGCCCUAACAGAGUGGCAAGGAUAGCAAAGGGUGAUGAAAAACCUACCAUCCAGUUCGGCAUGGGCUUAGGAAAACCCAUAAGUCCAUCACUGUAUAAAGGAGUUCCCUUAGAGUAG